ACUGCGGAGGUGUAAUCACACAAGGGAGACUUCCCACCUCUGUGCAGGAUCUGAGAGAAAGGAAACUUGUCACUGCCGUCUAACACAACUUGUGUGUCAAACUCCAAAAAGCCAAGAUGCCAGAAACAGCAGAAGCUGUGUCAGCCACUCUCACCACCAACAGAAACUGCACCAUAGAAAUAACCAACGUCAACAGUAGCUACUGCCUCAUCAACCCCAAGGUGUACAUGUCAAGUGGCUUCUGUCAUCACCCGCCCCAGCCUACAAUUAACAAUAAAACUGAAGUGUGCUCCUUCACCAAGGACGACAACACUGCCACCGGCGCUGUUGGCCUGCUCACCUAUGACCUGUUCUGUAUGCGGAGCCGGGUUUGCUCAAAGCGCAUGGCCAUCAUGUUCUCUGUGCCCUAUGAUCGCAACCUGUACAAGAACCGGCUGGCUAUUGGUGUGGUUGAGCAUACCCGUGCCUGCGACAAAUCUCUGUACAACCAGCUGUAUGAUGGGAAAGACCUGACUGACUUCACCCGCUCUGACACACACGGCUGCGGGCUGGAAUACAAAACUGAGCAUGUCGAAUUAAGGGCUACAAUGUCUUCUAUCGGCAAAGCCAUUGUAAAAGUGGAGCUCUAUGAUAAAAUGGGUCGUUAGAGUCUGGGUUGUUGUGUCUUUUUGCACUCUGUUGCUUUUAUACCCUACAGAAUAAAUAAACUUCAUUUGAUUUGACUUCUACUGUCAUCUAGAGAAACAUCCAGAGGAGAGAAAGACUGAUUUUGCUGUCAUCUGUGUUUUGUGUCCACUGAAAGAUAUCAAUAUCUGACAGCUAGCUCAUUGAUUCCCCAUUAGCUUAUUUCUUGGGCUUAUGUAUAUUGUACACUCCCUUUGUCUUUGAUUAUGGUAAUAAAGCAUUCAGACCCAA